AUGACUGACCUUCCAGAGUCGCCUCGCCGGCGUCUCCUCAGUGCCCAACCCUUCUCAAGCCUACAAUACCCAACUUUGCCGCCAACAACAGCCUCUGUCGAAGAGUGGUUAUCUCACUCACGACCCACCAACAUGACGUCAGAUCGACCAUCUGACCAUGUCCCCAAAUCCUUGAGUGACAGCUGGGCCACCUUGAGUGUGUCCGAUAUUCACUCCGAGGAUGGCAGUCACUCCGAGCAAACCGAUAUCGGCUCUUUGAUUGAUCAGGCAAGCCCGGACGAUGUUGCGAGCCUCGACGAACGUUACAGCGGCAGCGAUGCAAGCCAGGAUGAAGACAACCAAGAUGAUGAUGAUGAUGAUGAUAACGAUGAUGACGAUGGAAUCGGCAAUGAAGAGGUCCAGUGCGAGGAGUCAGUCUCCCAGGAGCUUCCGGCUCUCUUUGCUUCUAGGGGAAGCGCCAUCAACGAUAGCACCAUCACCGCGAAGCCCUCUUUCUCAAAGGCCAGUGAUUCAAUCGAGUUUGUCGAGCCCGAGAUGUGGCCUGAGAUCGAGAGGGUGGAGCUGAAGCACACCAUUUGCAUAUUUGAAGGCACUGCAGCUUCCGAACUCAAACGUCGAUUGCCAUACAACCCAACCGACUCCAUCCUCAUGGCCACGGUUCAACAGACCAUGACCAAGCAGAGCCUUGAUUUAGACAAGCCCUUCCGCGUGCUUUAUGUUGGUCAUCCCGGAUUUCGUAAUAUCAUCCUCGACAAGAUCGGAGAUGUUCUAGUAUCAAGCUCAGGCGCUGGCUCCGAGGCGAGCUCUGCGGAAUCCUCCCGUUACCACGUUGUACCAACCUCUUUCGGCGCCGGCGCCGUCCCCACCUUCGCGGAGCUCCUGCCAAUUCAUGUCCAGCUUGUGGUUGAUGAAUGCGUGGAGGCCACCGAUGAUCCACGCGCAGACCGUCCUAACACACUUAACACACUUAGCUUGAGGUUCAAGAACCGCCCUCCUUGCACAUCGGCAUGGAACGGGUUUGAUUAUCGAGUCUCCUCUACAUCUGACUGGACCCUACCUGAUGUGGCCAUCAUCUUUAUUUCUAGCAGCGAUGAUGAAACGGCUUUGAAGACUCAGCAUCUUGCCCACACCUUCCUAGAACGCCACGGAAUCCCGGCCAUGGUGGUAUCAGAAGAGCCACUAUGGAACAUGACUGAAGAAGUGGUCCCUCUCAACCAUAACAGUCUGCAUACUUGUCUGGAAUCCAGACAUCCGCUUUCUGGGGAGACCGCGGUUCUCAGACGGUAUCCAAUUGACUUGAAGACAUUCGAGAGCAUCACUGCCGGUCAGCUAAAUCGAAACCUUGCUUCGCUCGUUGGCUUGUAUCCCAGGAAGACACACAAAGUCACCGCUCACAUCCCCAAGCCAGUUAAGCGACAUCUCUUUGCUGAUCUCGGGAAGUAUCCCGCUGACUGGCUUCCGCCCUCUUAUGCUACCAAGGCCAGAGAGCUGGCCCCUACGCUGCGUCUGGCCACUCUUGCUCUCAUUUCAGUCAUCGCUGUCUUUGUUGGAUAUACAGCUAUCAAGGUUUUGGUCGUCUUCCUAGCACAGUGCAUCGUCGGCACAUCCCUGUCCAGUGCAUCCCUCCCAGUGGCUUCUCAACUCCCCACCGCUUCCCUGCCAGCCCUGGAUCGAGCAAACCAAACUCCUAUCGCGAUACUUCCAUCAUCAUCUGUGCGACUAUUCCAGGUGUCCUCUGUGGGUAGCUCGAUUUCCGCAGAUGUUAAGUUGUCGACUAUCUCAUCGCCUCAAACGCAGAAGAACGAUGAAUUUGAGUUCCAAGUCAUUGGAGACUACCAUGUUGUCAUCAAGCCUCCCCCAAAGUUUGCAUCAUCCAAGAAAACCCCUAACUUCAAUAUCAGCGUCCAGAGGCAGGAUAAGGCUCUUCCGUAUGAGCUUUCGGCUCUGUUCGAGGGUGUUUAUACGCUGAAGCUGAAUCGGGAGGAUGCAUAUGGCUUGGUCAACUUGACCAUCACACCCAAGUCCAGACGUCCAGUCAACCAGACCAUAUACCUUGACUUUGGAACUCCGUGGCUGAAGAUCUCAAACUGGAGGCGUGCUGCACAGGAAAUCACAGCAAACAUCGCCAAAGACCUACACACAGCUCAAACCGGCUUGACAGAGGUGUAUGGCCGGUUUUCUACGGACUUGCAGGUACUCAUGGGCGAUGUCGUGAAAAAGGCACAUAUCUUACGCCGGGAUGCGGAGACUUUACAUCAUGAAAGUCUGAGUGCACGCGAUGUCGUUCUAUCCCGCUCCAAGCAGAUGUCCGAGACCUUGGCCCGCAACGCUCUACAACAAUUCCAAAUUGUGUCCUCGGCGCUGCAGAUGCAUACAAGUGGCGUCAACAAAGAAGCCAAAAGUUUUCUGCAUGAUGCAUGGAGUCGACUCGAGAACUCAACUCCUAAAGUGGACCUUCACAGCAUGAUGGACAGGGUGCGUAGUGCCCGAAAAUGCGAAGCUUUAGACCGGGCUCAAUCGCGUGCGAGAUACGUGAUGAAGCUCUGGUCGCCUAAAUCCGACGAUUGCUCAGCUCGUUCUCGCUCGAAAUGA